GAACGGACACUCUGUAAGGUACUACCGCUUGGCGCGCACACACUUGGUCCGUCGUUAGCCAAUCAGUCAGUCAGUGUGCAAUUGAAUCACUGGAAUAAGUACCAGAAUAGGUCAAGCUUACUCUUUAAGCUGCUCUAUCCCCCCGUUCUCUAUCUCUGACUGGAUUGUGGUGGUGUAUGCGAUUGAGGAACACGCGUUCGCGUCUGUGUGUGUGCAGGUGUUGGUGGGCCCGUGAGCUAGGCGCUUAAUUAGUGUUGACGACCAUCGCGAUAUCAGGGGGUGGAAAAGAAAGUACAGGAGCAGAACCGAGCAACCUAUUAGUGAGAUUUUACUGGAGAUUUUGGCGACGGAAGCAAAAGAGGUCCAAGUGAUACGAGUGAGAAAAAUAUUCCUACGAUUCUACUGCUAUUGAAGCUUUGUAAGGAUAAGUGGUAAAUCAAAGCCUUUGGAUAACGUUUGGAUGUUGAUUGGAGUGAAAUCAAAGUGAUCAAAGAGCAGAACCAGUCGUUGAUUGAAGCAAUUAGUGUGAGCUCAAAGGAAGAAGAAUCCCAGUGCACGAUGAGUGAUUUCCCAGCGGUCAUUGAGUUGAACGUCGGAGGAGUACAGUAUGCGGCCAGCUUGGAUACGCUCAAGUCCGAGGAUGGUUCCUGGCUGCAGGAAGUGUUCGGCGGAAGUGCAGAUGAUGUGCCCAAGGAUAGCCAAGGUCGGUUCUUCAUCGACCGCGAUGGGGCCUUGUUCCGAUAUGUGAUGGAAUACCUGCGGGAACCGGCCAAGUUCAAGGUGACUGCGGAGUUCCAGGAUCGGGUUCGGCUUCGAAAGGAGGCGGUAUUCUUCCGGUUGGCUGGUUUGGUGGAAGCUUUGACCAAGGAACCCGGCUGCAUCACCAUCGGCUACCGGGGUAGUUUUCAAUUUGGUCGCGACGGUCUGGCGGAUGUCAAGUUCCGGAAGAUCACACGACUGUUGGUCCACGGACGGGUGGCGAUCUGCCGGGAAGUGUUUGGUGAUACGUUGAACGAGUCCCGCGAUCCAGACCAUGGCGGACCCGAUCGCUACACGGCUCGGUUCUUCCUGAAGCACGUCUUCAUCGAGCAGGCCUUCGAUAUGCUGCAGGACAAUGGGUUCCGGUGCGUCGGGAGCUGCGGUUCCGGAACGGCCGGGUCCAUCACGGAGAAUCUGAAGCCCGGAGUCGAUUCGGAGGAGAACCGCUGGAAUCACUACAAUGAGUUUGUCUUCAUUCGCGACUAAGGUGGUGGUCGUUUGAAAUUUUCGUUGCUGCCGGGAGGAUUGGUGACCAAGAAACGAGGAGUUAAGCGAUAAUCUGUAGAUAUUAUGUGAUACAUUAAAUAACGAGGUCGGUUAGUCCGAAAGCGGAGAGAUUAGAUUCAGGUUACAGGAUUUGUGUUCGGUUUGGGUUUUGAGUAAAAUGCGAACGAGAAAUCACACUGCAAAAAUCAAACGUGUGACAUGCAUCGGUUCCGAUUUCGAGUGGUUGCGGAAAGAGUGACGGAGUAGACGAUUAUUUAUUUUUUUCGCAUGGGGGGUGAGAGAAACUUGUUGAAAAGCAUGACGAGUUCUGGGAAUGAAAAGCCACAUCAUCAUUAUCGGUUUUAUCGGCACUGCCACGGUCGGGCAUGGGACGACGACUCAAAUCUCGCUCUUCAUCAUUCUCGCCUGGCUUGUGGGACCGGGGCUCGGCAUCGAUCUGCGUCGGGGUCGGAUAAUGAUGUGUGUUGAGUUGAUGCUGAUGGUUGGUCGAGUUUUCUGGCCGGAAUGGGGGAAAUCCUCCAGAGGAUUUGAUAUAUCCCGAGGCGAUUUGGAAAUUUGUGUUGAUUGACACUAGUUGGCUCCGUCGGUCGGGGAGUGAAUGGAAACGGAAAAUGGGGGAGGGGAGAGAUUUUCGACGAUUUCCGGGCCAGUGAACUAAUCCUUUUGCUGAUAUCGAUGUUUGUUUGAUGUCAGUGGUUCGAAACGGUGUGCAAAUAGAUGAAAUGAUCCCAAGUUGUUGCAACUUGAUUGUAACUGGAAUAAGUUGCAAACAAGUAACCACAACAGUUCAGUGGCAAUUGUGCUGCUAGCGAUGGCGUUAAUCAUAUUUGACGAAUCGGAUGGAAUGUCUGUUGUUCCUGUGUUCAUAAAAAAAAAAAUCACCUCAUUAUACCCAGAAUGCUUUAUUUCCAUUCUCGGAAACCAAAUAUAAUCAUUUGGAUUUGAAAUUUUCCGAUCGUCUGAAUCCAGAAAUGAAAAGUAAAAGUAGUAGCCAGGGCUGUCAUGGUGGUUACUCAUGGUUACUCCACGAUUAUCAGCUUGAAUAGCAUGCUGCGGUUGUCAGCGGCUUUCAAUUUUUGCGCUGAAAGUCCAAUAUUUUUAAAAUUUUGAAAACUCUAUGUUAGGUAGUUUUAUUGACAUCAGAAAAUUCCCUUCAUCCCUAUUAUUUUUGGCUGCAAAUAAGCUUAUACAGCCAAUAAUUUUCGUAUACAGCUAAUGCUAGUCUGCAGCUAAAAUUGUUUAUUAGGCAGUUCUGAGAACUUCAUUGAUUCAAGAUUUCAAGAGAAUAAGAACUUCAUUCAAUUCCAAGAAUUUCAAGGAAGUUUCGAAAACUUCAUGGUUGUUCCGAGAGAUACAAGAACGGCCAUAAUUACAGGAAAGUGAUAAAAUCCUUUUAUUUAGUAUGAUGGAUUUCUGAAGAUCAAAUAGCUUCAUGGCAGCUGCAUGCAAUUCAGGAAACUUGGAUGGAACUUUACAGUAGUUUCAAAAUCACCAAUUGAGUUUAAAUAGCUUAAAGAAAGUUAUGUGAUCAUCGGGACAGUUCUGAGAUCUUCGGAGCAGUGCUGGGAAAAUCAGGAAAACCAGCGGGAACUUCAGGUUAAUUUUGAAAAUUUUUAGGCAGUUCCAUUAAAUUCAGGUAAAUGGUGAGAACCUUCUAGAAGUUUCAAAUAUUAAAGAUAACCCAGAGAGCACCAGGGAAGGUUAGAGAAAUUUAUAACAAAAAUUGGAAACGUCACAGAAGCUUUCAAAAAUCAGGGGCGUGAAGAAAACGGAAUGUUUAAAUACUUUAUAGAUGUUCCGAAGAAUGAAACGAAAUACCGAGCAUUUUGGAGUAGUUUUAUGAAGAGACUACAAUAUGGUAUGAGAAGUUCUGAUAACUUAUUUAAAAACUCUGGCUCCUCAGAGAAGUUUUCAGAACUUCAAGGCAGUUCAAUGGGCUCAGGUAAACUUCAGAAGCUGUUUAAAAAAGUUUAAAAACGUCAGGAAUAUCCAGAGAAGUCUUUAAAACUUUUAAGAAGUUUGUUAAGUUUUAAGUUAAGAUAAGUUGAGGAAAAGUGUGGAAAUCAGGAGGGCUGUCCGGCGUAGUGGUUAACACUCAUACCUCUCUCGCCAAAGUGGUGAGUUCAAAUCUCACCCCUGAACAAUUAACGAAUGACCCACGAGCGUUAAAGUGACUAUAAUAAAAAAGUGUGGAAACUUUAAAUAAAAUCCAAGAACCUCAUCAGAAGAAUUCAGAGAUCACAAGGACAGCCCCAAUAGCUUCAGGAAAGUUCAGACAUGUGCGGGAGGUUUAUAGGUAUGUAAAGGUUAGUUUCGAUAAAUUCAAGUCAGCUUUAUAAAUUUCAGAAAAA